AGCCUCACUGUACCCAUAUUGUAUGUAACAUGUACCCAUUCUCCUGUAAUAUGCGCACUUCUUUAAGUACCCCAGUUUUUAUGAUCACAGUUCAACAUAAUUCUCGACAUUCGCAUUACGAUUACGCGCGCGCUGACAUAAUUCCCAUCGUGGAUCAUGGUUUAGUUCUCCAGGAUCACCGCUCCCUGGUGGAGCGCAAGGUUUGUGCUACCUAGAGGGUACUUGCCCUCUUGUUCCAUGGUAGGUGAAAUUCCAAGAAUUUUUCACUGGUAGAGUACAGUAAGUUUACGCGCAACAUCAAAGUAUGAACAAAGAAGACGCAGACGCUAUUUCCCCCAACAUGGUAGAAGGCAGAGACAGAUCCCCAAGCAACAGCCCUGGCAACGCAGUGUGUAGUACAACUUCCGAAAACAACACAGCCACAAACGGUGUUGUUCCGCAGGAAUCUUCUUUACCGCCGCAAGAGGACCAGCUGCAACAGGUUGACAGCAAUCUCCCCGCGGGAGGCCGGAUAGUAAACUCCAACCGGCACCACAAGCCACGAAGAAGAUCGGACCGCAAUGACAAGAAGCUCCACCAACACUUAUUGCAGACUAGUAAGGACAAAGCUAGUUCUAGAGCGGGACAACAUCAAGCAGUUAUUUCACCGACGUCGAAUAACGGACACCAGCUGCAGCUGCACCACCCCCAGCAGGCCCAGCACACGGCGAACAGUGUUGCGGAUCUGUCUGCGCUCGAGCAGGAGGAAGAGGACCAGGCUUACUUUUCGGAGCCGGAGGAAUUGCAGCGAGGGCGGAAAAGCACCAGCUUGUUUUCCGACGUACUGUCCACAAACACGGAAAAUGUGCUGCUGCAGCAGCACAAUUCCUCCUCCGGAGGUGCGGUGGGUGGCGGUAGAAAUAAUCGAACUGUUAAUAACCAGAACGGAAUGAUUGUGACCACAACAACUCCAAGAAAAGGGCCACCGGUAGAGCAGCUACCGGUCGGGCAGCAACUCCGAGGUGAUCUCUUGCAAAAGCCGAUAAUGGGUGGAGAAAUCAUACACAACUCUGGUCUCGUUGUUCCUGUUGCAGUAUUAAAUCUUCAUGACCUGUCCCAAGAUUUAGAGCACACAGAAGAACACGAGCCUUCUACCAACACGCUGCCUGAACAAUCAACCUCUUCCGCUUCUUCGGCAAUUAUUAUGGGGGAUGAAGACGAUGGUGAUCAUGUGGCACUCACAGAACAAGCAUCACAUGCCAACUUUGCUGGUGAGGUUCCCGAUGCACAGACAGAUGCUCACCUCCAGGCACAACAGCAGUUCCUGCACAACGGAGUUCUUCCACAGCAACAGCCGCAGCAGCAAGAAGAUACCUUUUCCAACUCUUCUUCAGCCGAUGACAUGUUUGGCACCGGACGGUGGCUGGACUCUGCGGAGGAUAACCCCAACGCGUUCCUCUCGUCUUUCCCGAAUAUGGAUGACGUUGUGGAUAGACUGAGGAACAGCGAUAAUAAUCAUCAUCGUGGUAACGACCAAAACACAGCGGCGUCCGUUGUUGGAAGCAGUAGAGGUGGGAGCAGGGAGAUCGACAAUUUGUCAGGCAUAAUACCUCCGACGCACAACGAUAACUCCAGUUCCGCAGUGACUUCUGCUACAGUGUCAAAGGAGAUUUUGAUGAACGGAAGCGGGCAACCACAUCUGCAACACGAGCAGCCGCUGUUUGGCAGGAACAUUUCCACAUCAGAAGACACGGGAACUACGACCUUACGACACGAAGGACAUCAACCGGUAUUAAGCAGUAACAUCACCAUAGCGACGAGCCAGCACGACAUCAAAUCCCGACGGUCUUCGACUUCCCACGUCUCGACGCAAAGGUCACGAGCUGCGUCAAAUCGCCGGUUCAGUGUGAACUCCAUGGACGGCGUGGUUUCGACGAGUAAUAAUUCGGUCACACAGGAGCAGGAUCAGCAAUACCCAUUAUAUCCAGAUUCUACUUCGCAUCAAGUAGAUCAUAAUGCCUUCGAGGAUCAGCAUGCGAUCAUGAACAACGCCGAUAACAAUUACGCCUACGACCCCGUUCUUGACCCGGAUGUAGAGGAUCAACUUCCCCCCAUAGCGACCAAAACACCGCUCCCGCCGGACAAAUCUUUCUACAUCUCCGGUGACCAACAGCAACUCCGGUCCACGCCGAUCUCGCCGCCGACAGAUUCGCUUUACAACCAACGAAGCUAUUUCACAGCUGUGUUAGGGGAGAAACCUUUGAAACGGAAUAACUCCGACGCGAAUCCGAGCAGUCUGGCAGGGACGAUCGGAAUUGCACCGACGGGCGAUCUAGACGACACGGACGCUGCCCCCUUACCGAGAACGCUGGUAUUGGAUUCCCUGACGGAGGAAAUGCCGGGGGACUUGUCGAAAAGUUCUAGUCAUUCCCAGCAGGGAAUGAUGCAGGUAGUGUUUUCAAAUUCAACACCUGGCGGGGGAGUGAAUACGAAUAGCGAUGAACAACAUCAUCAGCUCAUAGACAGCAUUGAUGGGGCUCCCGCUCCUUCUCCCGCUGGUAUAGAACCUUUGUUCCCGCCAUUGCAAACCAGCAUGCAGCUAGCCGAGCACGAACAACGGAGCGAAAUGCAGCUGGUGAUAGGGGGCGGGGCCGGCGUCGUCCCUACAGAGGAACGAAUACGCUCUUUGGAGCAUUCGGGAUUGAUUGUCCAACAACAGUCCUCUGGAUCUGCUAGUGCAACUUCUAUACCACCAGCGGGAGGACAACUGGUACAUCAAAACCAGCACUUUUACCACACGGCAGGAGUGGUAGACCCGAGGAUCUCCACGCGUACCAACAAUUCGGUGCAGAGUCACUACUCCACCGCAACAACAGUGGAUCCGAGUGGAAUUAUGAGAACGGCGCAGCAGCGAGAUGAAAACGAAAACCAAAGUCCUGUUUUCCAUCAACAUCCUCCUACUGGGACCACGACGCUGCUGAUGACCAAAAACCGGGCCACUUCCAGAAGCGGCAUAUUGCAGGAGGAGGAGGACGUCGAGGAGGUGUUAGUAGGUGGCACGAAGCAGAGUUCUACAACUUCUGGGUUCUAUAAUCCUGGACCGUCUGGGCCUGGGGGUCCACCGCCAAGCAGCUACGGAACUUCUUCUGUGCCGGGCGCAGUAGUAAUAGAUCCGCGGCUGAGUCAGCAGUCGAUCUAUGGAAGUACGAAAGUCGAGAUGAACAUUUAUUCGGGUAAUCAUCAACACAAGAGCGCCGGGGUGGUGACCAGUCGGGAUCAACAUCCUUCUGGGUUUCAACUACAGCCAGGAACAUCAGGAACGACAGCUGCAGCAGUUCUUGGAGGACCUCAAUCCUCUCACAUGAGCACCACCAACAACCGCAUCAUACCAGUUCCCUCGCCAGCCAUUCAGUACGCGACCUUGACAUUGAACGACGAGCAGCACUACCUGAUUCCGGUGGAAAAAAUGAGCGAGUUUUCGUAUCGAGCGACUGUAGAAGCAGGACUACAGGGAAGACUUGGCCCGGCAGGUAAUAGUGUUUCUCCUGCUGCGGCUGCGCAACAGGAACAAAUGCAACUGCAGAAUCAGACUGCAAAGCGUCCUUCCAGCAGAAUAACGCACCGCCCGUCUCCGAUUCUAACCGCUAUUGCUAGUAACAACAAUCCACCCACAUCAGCGACGUCGUUUUCCAGCCCACCCAUGCAACAUCCCUUGACGGCGCCGCAUGCCGGGCGAGUUGUAGAUACGCAACAUCAACAAGUGCUUUACCAGCAGCCAAAUAUGAAAGGCGUCUUGCCGGCAGCAUCAGGUGGCGCAAGUGCUUCGAGUCAGUUCGAACCUAGUCCGAGUUUGCAGCCACAGAAACAACUGCAGCACGAACAGCUGUCCUCGGGUGCAGCGUCAAGUUCCGUGGCGCCGCAAGUCCUCCUCGAGCAGCAGCCGUAUCAUCCUCACCACCUUCCGCAGGUGUCCUUUUUCCACUGGCUCGGCCGGGAAGUGACCGGGGAAUCGGAUGCUCCCUCGCCCUACUACAAGUACAGCCGGGCGCUGCACUUGGAGGAUUUGAUGCGCACCCCGUGGCGGUUGGAGAAGACGCUGCUCUUCGGGAUGUUUCUCUGCCUCGACGCGCUUUUGCACGAACUGACGUUUAUGCCGAUAAACGUGUUGCGGAGCGUACUGUUUGGGUCAACAAGCUCGCCGUCAACAGAGGCGACGAGCGCUGGUAUUAAGAGCAAAAGUAAACAAUCGUCGACAGGAACGGCGAAUAGUAACCCUACCCAGAGCAAGAAAAGUGGAAGCAAGCAGGAGAUUGGUGGGGGAACAAGUACUGCAGUUUCAAGUGUCAAGGACGGCGGUGCAACAGCAGGCGGGGUUACAAGUGGGGCUAGUACACCAGGUGAAAGCAGUGCUCCGACCGGAGACAACCUCGUGCACGGGACAACCCAUACUGGGACGACGAGUACAGCAACAAAUAACCCCGCCUCGUCAUCAACAUCCCUUGUGGUCGUGCCCAGUAACAACAAAGCAACUUCUUCGGUAACAGCAGCAGGAGGAGGAGGCAACACAACUACAACUAGCUCCACAACUUCCAGCAUAGAGAAGUCCGAGACUUUCCGGCUCACUUUGCUCCUGCUCAACUCGCUGCUGGUGCUCUACUUGAUUGAUUUCUCCUUUCUCUACCACUACAUUCGGUCGCAGUCGUUCAUGAAAUUGUACGUCUUCUUCAACAUGUUGGAGAUCAUCGAGCGGUUGUUGCGGUUAUGCAUUGCAAAUAUGUCUGGGUCUGGAAGGUUGCAACUUGUAAUGCUAACUCUGGAUCAUCCAAAAAUCUUUGUUGCAUGAAUGCCAAAACUUGUCCACUUUUGACGAAGUUGAGAGGAAGUUUCUCAUGCAGAAUAGGCAUGAUAGGGCUCUCACAGAAUCUGUCAUGCUAGGUGCUGCAUUCCAGACGACAUGGAUCAUGGAAAAUCUGCAUGACAAGUCUCGGAAUCUUCCAGACCCAGAUAUAUUUGCAAUUGAUAGCGGUCGCUCGGCAACGAUUUUUUCGACGUCUUGCUCGAACCAACCGGCGGGGCAGAUAGUUCUUCAAGUGGAGCAGGUACUACUACUUCUGGAGGCGCGGUGCAGAGGGAGAAGUCUGGAGAAAUGGCCGGUCGGGAUUCGCAUAUGCAUUCGCAAAUAUGUCUGGGUCUGGAAGAAUGCAACUUGUGACGCAAAUUUGAGAUAACACAAAGAUCUGUCAUGCCUAGACAGCAAAUGCGGCUCAGAACUUGGCACUAAAAGCGGGGGUUUGUCAUGCGGAUUAGGUAUUGAGACACCUUCUCAAGACGUGUGAUGCUAGGGCUUGCAUGCCAGACCUCCUGGGUCAUGCAAGAGCAGCAUGAGAAACAUCUACACUCAUCUAGACCCAGACACAUUUGCACUGGAUAUCGCAACUGAGACGGCAACUAAGCCAAGGCGGAGCAGGGGCUCAACACGGAACAACGUCGUGUAUGAGAUUGCACAACUCCCCCUUCCCCUCAUUUGUAAUGCAAAAUACCAAAUCCACCCUGUGGCUCUUGGCACUUUUUGCAUGACAAGUUCUGGCAGCCCAAAUAGCACUACAUUUCUGUGCAAAUUUGUCAUGCAAAACCUGCGUUCUUGUUGACACUUGUAUUGCUGUUCAUGCUAUACAAAUGAGGGGGAGGGGGAGUUGUGCACUGUUAUAUCGUCAAGAGGUAGGCUAUUGACCUCCGGAACCCUUACCGCGCAAAGCCCAAAACAGGGCGGCCGGAGCUCGCCAAAACAGAGUGUGGUCUCCACGUCGAGCGGCGCUGGGUUUCUUGGGAUGCAAAAUGUUACAGCUAUAUCUAGUCAUGAUCACCAACAGUUUCAGCCGCGGGUUUCGCAGAGAAGUAGUGGAAAUCCUUCUUCAACAACACGAUCGCCACUGAAGCAGCAGGGAACAACAAACAACAAUUUCACAGCUUUAGCGCAGCACCAGUCCACCUCUUCACAGGAGCACCAGGCAGGCAGUAGUACAAAUUCAAACUUCGCUUUGAACCAGCAAAGAAUCAGCACGAUAUCCACUUCGUCGUACGAGUCGACUGGUGUUGGUCAGCAGCAGAUGCAGGUCAACGCCGCGGCUCACACUUCUCAACAGCGCCCGAACCACGGCAGCAGUUACUUGAGUCAGUCGGCCGGCGCGAACGUAUUACAGAAGGAGAUCCAGCUGGUGAAUUUGCAAUUGGGCAGCGUAAGCGCCGGUGGGCAUCAGCUCACGCAAGACCGAAGUAAACUCACCGCGAGCUCUUCCAAUGCGCCGACGUCUCCGAUUUCGAGUCCGAUCUCCAGCCAGAGCAGCAAAUCGGUGCCGGCGUCUCCAGUGGGGAGCAAGGGGACGACAGGUAUGUUUGAACUGUCGGAGAUGAGUGGUCAUCAGUUUAAUAACAUGUUGCCAGGAGAACAACACCAGCUGGUAGGCAGUAGUAGUACCAGUGGUCUUCGAAGGCUCUCGAAGCACAGCUCAGCCAGCAAGACGUCCGGAACGUCGACCGCUAGGGAAUUACAACAGCAAAACCGGGCAACGGAGAUGAAAAUGAGCGGCAAUAGCAGUAGUGGUGGAACACCAACUUCUUCCUCCUCGAAUCAGUUACACCAGCCGCAACUUCUGUCAUCUACUUCUGGCAUCAAUUACAACAACAGCUCGAACAAAACAUCAAGUCACUACCAACCCGCGGCGAUUUUCGCGCCACUCUACUAUUUCCUCCUUUCGAGUGACUACUUUUCCGUCAUUCGACUACUCUUCACGGUGUUGUACUGUGCUGUGCACACGAUAAUGCACAUCGUCCGCAUUUUGCUACUCAACAUUGCGCUCAAUUCCCCGGGAGACUCCUCCGCGAUGUUUUUGCUCAUCGUCACCAACAACUUUGGGGAAUUGAAAUCCACCGUGUUCAAGCGGUACGACGGGAAGGGUUUGUUCGUCAUCAUGGCCAGCGACAUGGUGGAGCGGACCUACCUGCUGGUGGAUAUUCUGUUGGUGCUGGCGCGACUCUACUUCUCGCCGCGAAACAAUUUCACCAACGUGAGCUCCUCCACCGUCGCGUCCCAGGGCAGCAGCGAGAUCGCGUUCUGGCUGAGUCUCAUGAUCGUCAUGGAGAUUGGGGUGGAUAUGGAACUGUCAGGAUUGAAAUGGACAAAGUUGAAAAAUUUGUGAUGCAUAGAACCGAUACCACUUGGAAGCCCAAUUUCCAAGCGGCGCAUGACAAAUUUCGACGUCAUCAUAAUCCAGUUUGUGAUGCUGUUUAGCGAAAGAAGGCGUCCUUUGUCAUGCUACUUCAGCAGCUCUAUCCCAAACCCGAAACAGGCUCACAAGCGGCCUCACAUGCAAUCCCUGCAAGACAGUCACCUCGUGCCUUGCAUUUUAUGCAUCGCAGAUUAUUUCAACUCUGUCGAUUUCAAUCCUGACGCUUCCAUAGUGGACUGGUUUAAGUUGUCCUUUAUCACCAAAGCGAACUCGUUACCCGUCUCCACGUUCGACUACUACAAGGACGUGUUGGUGAUGGACGUGCUCGGUAGCCGCAGCACCUCGAGCAGCAGUGGCGGUGGCACCAGUGCGGGCAACAGCAACUCGCAGAUCGAAUCGCCGUUUCGGGGCGUGUAUCAAAUGCAAAUAUGUCUGGGUCUGGAAGAUUCCGAGACUUGUCAUGCAGAUUUUCCAUACCCCAUGCUGUCUAGAAUGCAGGACCUAGCAUGAGAGAUUCUGUGAGCAGAUCCCUAUCAUGCCCAUCUUGCAUGAGAAACUUUCUCUCAUUCAACUUGGUCAAAAGUGGCCAACUUUUGGUAUUCAUGCAACACAGAUUUUUGCACGAUCCAGAAUUAGCAUUACAAGUUGCAGCGUUCCAGAGGACCCAGACAUAUUUGCAUUUGAUAGUGUGUACGGGUACGCCCACAUCCCCGUGCGGCGGAUCGGGUUUGUGGCCCUGCCGUUGACGAGCAUGGUCGUGUGUCACCUGCCGAUCUUGCUCAAGUGGUACCCGAACGUGCGCACGCGGCUGUUGCUGCUGGCGCUGUGGUGGGUCAACGCGGUUUUGCUGAAGAUCCUCAGCAGCAUCCUCCUGUCCGGCUACAGUGUAAGGCGGGCGGUGAAUCUCGGGAAACUGCCGGAAACCUUCUACCACAUCAAGGCGCUGUGAUAAUUCCAGAUAUGAAAGCUUUUGUUUUCACAAAUUGCAUUUUCACAGUUUAUCAGAUUGAAAGCACACCAGCGCCACCGCCAUCUGCGAUCUCCGUUGUAAAGUACUUGGCGAAUACUACAGGAACAACUCGAAACUGUUACUCCACGCAAAAACAAGUAUCGAAAAACGUGAAAACAAGAAGAAAAUACGCUCAAAUAGUUAGUACAGGAACCGGCGAACGAAAACGAUACAGAAUUAUCGUGAAUAAAAGGAGUAGAUGAAGCCCAAACGUACAGGCGCACUUAUUUGCCGCUUGUCGCUGCCUUGUUCUCGUCUUCGUCUUAUCGUUCUUACCGAUGGCGUGUAUCACAAUUCUACGCAGGACAGAUUUAUUUCGAUUUAUUGAGCCG